AUGUCAAACACAUCUUUAGAAGACGCAAAGAAAGUCAUACACUGGAUACAAACAAAUCAAGGGUUUUGGAACUCUGACUUAUUAGAAAUCAAAGAAUCUAAAUUAGGUGGAAUUGGAGUAUUUGCCAAAAAAGAUAUUGAACCAACAUUAAAACCUGAAUUAUUAUUAAGAUUACCAAAAGACUCUAUAUUUUCUGCUAAAAAAUCUUCAAUUGCAAAUUUAUUAUAUGAGGAAAAUUUAGAUGGUGCUUUAGCAUUAAUCAUUGCAUUUAUUUAUGAAAACCAUUUUGGUGAAAAUUCUCCAUGGUUUGAAUAUUUAAAAACUAUAAUAUAUAAAGAUCAAGAUAAUGAAUUGAUUUUACCACCUUCAUUAUGGACCAAAUCUCAAAAAUCAUUAUUAAAAGGUUCAGAAUUAGAAAUUUUGGGAAGUUUAGAUGAUGAAGAAAAUAAAUCAGCUUAUGAAACUGCAUGUACUUUUGCCCUAAAUCAAAAUGAAAUUUCUUCAUCAAUUCCAAUACCAUGGGAAUUUGAUAUUCAAGAUAAAGAAGAUCAAGAAAUUUUUGAAAAAUAUAAAAAUUUUAUAGCUAUUUCUCAUGCUAUUGCUUCAAGAGAUUUUGAAAUUGAUUCAUUUCAUCAAGUUGCUAUGGUACCUGGUGCUGAUUUAUUUAAUCAUACAAAUAAACCUCAUGUUAGAUUUGAAAGUGUUUUUGAUGUUUGUGAGAUGUGUGGAUCUGCUGGACCUUGUGAUUGUAUUGAAAGUGAAGGGGAAGAAGAUGAUGAAGAUAUGGAUGAUGAAGAGAUGAGUGAGGAGGAUGAUAAUGAAGAAGGUGAAGAUGAAGAAGAUAAUGAUAAUGAAGAAGAAGGAGAAGGAAAUAUCCAAGAACAAGAUCCAGAAGAAUUAAGUGAGCAUAGUGACCAUGAACAUAGUGAUCAUGAUCAUGACGAUGAAGAAUCAGAUUCCGAACCAGAAGAUAGUGACGUUGAAGAAAAUAGACCAAUAGAUGAACAAAUGAUUUCCAAGAUUGAAGCAGCACUUGAAUUAGAAAAACAAGAAGAAUUAAAACAAAAAAAAGAACAAGAACAUGAUUCAGAGAAUAAAGAAAUGAUUAUGGAAAAUGAUGCAGGUGGUAAAAUUUUCCCAGAUGAAUGUUGUGAUAUUGUAUUAAUGAAGAAAGUUUCAAAAGGUGAAGAGAUUUUUAAUACUUAUGGAGAUUUUAAUAACUCAAUAUUAUUAUCAAAAUAUGGAUUCGUUAUACCUGAUAAUUCUGAUGAAUCAAUUAAUCUAGGUCUUGAAUGUUUGAAGUUAAAGAAAACUAAUAAAAAAUUAUAUUCAAAACAAUUUGAAUGGUGGGAAUCAAAAGGUUAUGAAUUAAUGAGAGAAUUUUUCAACUUGAAAAAGAAUAAUUGUUGUGAUGAUGAAGAUUGUGAUGAUGACCAUGGAAAUGAUGAUCAUAAAGAUGAUGGUUGUAAAGAUGCAUGUUGUGGUGGUGAAGGUGAAUUACCAGAAGGUGUUGAAGAGAUUCCAAAUUGGACAUUAGAAGUCAAUAUAGAUUCCACAGGUGAACCAAAUCAAUUAACGUAUGCAUUAUGUAAAUUAUUAUCAUUGAAUAAAUUAGAACUUAACAAAUUUUUGAAAAAUCAAGAAAAGGGGCUACAAGUCUUAACAACAAAUAACUCAAAAGCUUUCAAAAUUUUAAAAGAAUUAUUAACAUGGAGAUUAAAUCAAUAUGAUUCUGAAAUUAAAUAUGAAAAAUUAUUAAAAAGUAAAAAUUAUAGAGAAAAAUUGAUUGCUCAAUUAAUUAUACAUGAACAAAAUAUAAUUAAAAAAUCAUUACAAAAUAUUUCAAAAAAAGUUUAG